UUACAGCCACUGAAUAAGUGUAAUAAUAUAUUAACAAUGGGAUACUUUGUAUCAAAGAAUUGUACACAAUCAGUCCCUUGCAAGUCACAUGCUUAUUCAUUACUGUUGCCUCCCCUCUCAAUAGAUUGGUCUGCAGCUGUGAGAAACUUCUUAUCCCUUUAAAAAAAUGAAAUCCAUCAGAAAAUGAUCAGAACCUGCCACAUCCAACACACAGAAGUGCUUCUGAAGUCUGAUAGAAAGACUAAAUCCACUAUCAGCUCUUUGCACAGACACACUGAGUUGACCCAUUUGACAUCUUUAUGAAAAUGCAACUUUUGUUGAUUAUUUUAUACAUUGUUUCUAUUGGCUUUCUAUACAUAGAACUCGCUUGUUGUGUCUGUGCCAGUGCUGAAUAUGAGAUAAACGGACAUUGCUGCCAUAUGUGUGCACCUGGUAAUCGUGUUUUAUGGCAUUGCACAGUGGAUACCAGCACGACUUGUGUAUCCUGUAGUGCAUCCACGUACACAGAUGAACCUAAUGGCCUUGAAAUGUGCUUUUCCUGCUCAACCUGUGAUGCAGGUUUAAGGAUACAGAAGGCCUGUACACGGUUAUCAAAUACCGUUUGUGAGCCACUAAAAGGAUUCUUCUGUAUGGUCAGAAAAAAAGGCAGCUGUAAAUUAGCUGUUAAACAUUCUCAAUGUAAUCCUGGAGAAUACAUCCAACAAAAAGGAACAGCAAGCACUGAUACUGUGUGUGGUGAAUGCACAAAUGGUACCUACUCUGAUGGCACUUUCACAGCUUGUCAGACACAUACAAUAUGUCAGAGUAUGGGUCGUAAACAAAUAGAAACAGGAACAACGUCAUCUGAUGCUAAAUGUGAACAUACUCAAAAUGGUCUUGUUAUUGGAAGCAUAACUGGUGUUGUGGUCGUUGUUGUUAUUGUUGUUAUUGGCGUCUCAGUAACCCAGUUUGUCAUAUUCAAACACAAGUCAAAGGCUCGUCCAGGGAUAAAGUCCGUCCAGGUCCAAAAUGUUGGUGGAGGGCUCUUAAAGUACUUACAUAAUCCAUGGACUUAAUGUUACUUAUUACAUUUCAACCAGUCAAAGUGAAACAAAAAGAAACACUUUACUUGUUACUGACAAGCUGGUCACUGAGAGUGAGAAAACUAUGCACAUGUGUUCUCUUACCUAUAUAAUAAAAUAACAUUACUACAGUACAGAUUAAACACUGUAAAAGAUUACAAGAAGAGGACAAUGUAAUAUCAUAAAAAUAAUUCUUCUUAACCAGCUACAUCUGUAAUGAAAUGGAUAUCAACACACUCGCUGUUGAUAACCAUGAUAAAGUUUAUGAAUCAUUCAUUACUCAUUUUGACACUACUUGCAUGAUAUGUUGAAAUUAGACCACAAUAUAACAGUACUUGUGAAUCAUU